UUGUUGAUAGUUGGCGAGUGAACGGUUUUGAAACGGAAGUUGGAAACUGUCGGCGUCUUCUGAUUCAAACGGAUGAGUCUGUUAAUUCAACGUUUUGUAAAUAAAAUGCGUCUGAUAAUAAAUAUAUUUUGUAUUCGAAGCGUUCCAUAAUAGUAUCCACACAUGAUCAAUAAUGCAGCUCGGCUCUUCGAUUUGAGCAAGGGCGGAUGAGAGGCGUUUGCAAUGCAUAGUUGUAUAUCUCCACAGAACGUUCUAAAGCAGUGGCAAACCUUUUCGUUCAUUUGCUAUCUUCAUGGAACGCCCUAGUGGCAGCACGUGCUUAGCACGUCCGCUGUUAUUAUUGCCAUCAUAUAACCGGUUUUGACUGGACCGGCUGCAAUAUCUACAAUGUACACAAUAUUUACUGAAGUCACGCCAUCCGUCUGUAUAUGAACUUCAUUGCCAACUUUGUCGUCAUCUUGAACUCGUUGGAGAGGCUUGAAUUACUAUGCGUACAUUGCAAAGCUAUAACGUCUUAGCUUCAGUAAUAAAUAGGACGGUGAAAAGAAAUACAUAUUUGAUUCCAGAAUUCCAAAUGACGUGAUAAAAACAAGAUAACAAAAUCGUAAGAAGGUGCUUUUCCUGCGCGAGACAACACACCUUGGUGGGAUAGCAGUCUGAUAAGGAAACAGGAUGUGCUCGCAGACGCAGGACAAGGCCCCGGACGGAGGGUGGGGCUGGGUGAUUGUGGCGGCCUCCUUCGCCAGCCAUUUCCUGGCCUACGGCUCGCCCCAGUCCGUGGGCGUGCUCUACCCAGAGUGGCUCGCCACCUUCCACGAGGGCAAGGGGCUGACCGCCUGGGUCGGGUCCGUCACCUGGGGGGCCGGACUGAUCGCGAGUCCCGUAUGCAGCGCCUGUGUGGUUAAUUUCGGCGCCCGUCCCGUGACGGUCUUCAGUGGCGUCAUGGUGGCGGGGGGCAUGAUGCUCAGCGCCUUCGCCCCCAGCGUGCAGUUCCUCAUCUUCUCCUACGGCACGGUCGUCGGGCUCGGGUGUGGGCUGGUCUACACCGCGACCGUGACCAUCACCUGCCAGUAUUUUGACAAGAGGCGUGGCCUCGCCCUCGGCAUCGUGUCGACAGGGACGAGUUUGGGCGGCUUCCUGUACGCCACCGGUCAGAACAAGCUGGUGGAGCUGUACGGGCUGGAGGGCUGCCUGCUCAUCGUCGGCGCCGUCUCGCUCAACCUGAUGGCCUGCGCCGGGCUGCUGAGGCCGCUGCACCCGCCGGGGUACUACCUCCGCCAGAGGGAGGCGCUGCAGCGCGCGGAGGAGGAGGAGGAGCGGGGCCCCGCCCGGCCCGAGGAGCCCCCGCAGACCACCGGCACCGCCGCUGUGGCCAAAGACCCGCUGAUCGCCGCGGACGACUCGCCGCCGGGCUGUGGGCGGAGCCUGCUGCGGGCGCUGGGGCGGCGGCGCGACGCUUACCGCGCGUACGCCCGCUCCACGGGCCGCUUCCUGCGGGACCGCGUCUUCGCCGCGCUCUGCGUCGCGCUCUUCCUGUUCACGCUGGGCGCCUUCCCGCCCGUGCUCUUCAUGGAGGACGUGGCGCAGAGCGAGGGCCUGGUGGACGGCGUCGGCGCCCUGCCGCUGGUGUCCAUCGUGGCCAUCGCCACGGCGCCGGGGAAGCUGGCGCUGGGCGCCAUGGCGGACCUGCGCUGGGUGAACAGCGCCCACCUGUACGCCUUCACCAUGGCGGCCACAGGCCUGGCGCUGCUGCUCAUCCCCGCCUCCCGGAGCUACGCCGCCCUGCAGGUGCUCUCCGCCGUGGUGGGCUUCUUCUCCGGGAACUGGUCCAUCACGCCCUACAUCACCACCAGGCUCGUGGGCAUCGACCGGCUCCCCGAGGCCUACGGGGUGCUCAUGUUCUUCGGUGGGUUCGGAUACCUGCUGGGGCCACCGGUCAUGGGCUGGUUCUAUGACUGGACUCAGUCCUACGAUGUGGCGUUCUACUUCAGCGGGGGCUGCGUGCUCCUGGGGGGUCUCUUCCUCUUUCUGUCUGCUCUGCCUUGCUGGGAAAGGACGCAGAGAGAGAAGGCCAGGCCCGAAAUCCAGCGCGCCAGCAACUGUGACAAAAUGGCAUCCGUGGCGUAAGCCACAGUGAACGUUCACCCGAUGAACUGCUCUACCCUCGCGACCAGCUGCUUUUCUGGUUUUGUUUUUGCACAUUUCUUGUGACCAAUGUGGCUGAGUGUUUUUUUUGCAACAAUUGUAAAUUGUAAAACAAAUAGUUAAAAUAAUAAAAUUAAAUUGAUAAAUACUUGGAUAUUUAUUAUUGAGAAAAAUGUUCCCCUGUUGAAAUUGUUUGAGUUUAAUUGUUUUAAUUCAUACAGUAGACUGGAUUAUUUCUUCAGAGUUUUUAGUAUUACAUAUUAUUAUGGCCUGGUUUAAUAGGCUGCAAUAUAACAAGACUGUUUCAAUAGGCCUUAAUAUCAGCUUAAGUUCACUACAUCAAUGCCAUCCGCUGUCAUUCGCAUAAACACAAAAGGCCUUGUUUUCAGUAGUGAUAAAGAUUUCAAUGUGUCUUACUACUGAUUUUCUUGUGUCAAAAACAAGGAAACAUACGUACGUCCAAUGCUUGGGGCUUUGUUGAGAGAGACCCAUGACUAAAUUUUAAAAAUCCCUAAUGAUGCUGCCAUUUAUUUAUAAUUAUCAUUUCGUGGCAUUUUGAUCCAAUGUGGAUCUUUGCCAGAUCAAUCAAAAUUGGCAGCAUACAGUUUUUAAAAUAUUUUAUAUAUAUUUAAUGAUUUUAUAAAAUCCCUUGCACAUGAAUUGGUGUGGAAAAAUACUGAUGGAAAUAGAUGCAGGAAUGUGAAUUCAUUUAGCUGCACAAUAUUAUUUUUCUUCUUUGUGUUUUUGUUCUUGUUCAUUUGUAGCAUUUCCAGAUGUCCUCUUGUAAUUUUCACUGUGAAGUUGCACAUAAUGAGUAAAUCUGCCUUAUCUUACAGAGCAAGUACUCAAAGGUGCCAUUUACAGGGCAAAUCACACUAAGUAGUCAGAUUUUUCUGUUGUUAGUUUUGUAAUAUGAAUGUGGUCCACUGUGUUACUGCACGUCUGUCCGGUCUUGCAUGGCACAUGCUUGCUGUUGAAGUCCAUGAAGCUGGGCCUGUUAUUUUCUGUUUUUUUAUUUUUAUUUUUUUAUACAAUAUUUUUGAUAAACAGUCAUCAGUUCUACCUUUAGCAUGCAUGGAGCUGGGUUAUAGCUACUCAGUAUUAUCUGGAGUUAUUUUUCCUUGUUCUCAAAUGCUGGAAUGUGACUUUAUUCCAGGUAUUGUGUGUAUGUAUUUGAGAUAUUCACAAAAUGUAAAUUAAAUAUGUACAGGAAAAGCUGAUUUAUACUCCAAAAAAUCCUAAAGUAUUGUAGAUGCUGUCAGAAUUUUUUUUUCGAACCUCUAACACAGUCUUAACCUUUAGAAGGUCAGUGCUGUUCAAUCAGUGUUUGCAAUAGUGUACAGAAAUUGCCAGUAAAGGACACAAUCGCUUCUUAACUUUUGCUAGAAUGUUCAUUUACUUAAUCUGUAUUAAUAGUAACUUUUGGGAUGGCACAAUAUUUUUAUUUUUAUUGAAAUAUUCAUGGAUUAAAUAUUGAAGGACAUUCAUAAUGUAGCCAUUCUUAACAGAUAAAUAAAGUUGUUUUUUUUUUGUUUUUAUUUUACAAAGGAAUAUUGAUGGUACAUUAUUGCGUGCAUGGCAUAUAGUCACAAAUGGUUUAAUGGAUUGAGUGGUUUAACGUAAUGUUAACGUUCCAAGUUAGAAUUAUAAUGUUUUAAGACUUUUAUGAUCAAUAAAGUGUUUUAUAUAAAAAUUCAAAAUGCCUUUUUUUUGUACAGAUGGAUGGGAAGCGACGUAUAUAAUGCAGCUGUGGUGAAAUAUAUGAAU